AUGGAGGAAAAUGACUCUUGUGAAUCUUCUAAAACAUUGCUAGAAGCAGAUACUCAGUAUUUGCAAUCGGAAUAUAACCUUAUUUCAAGAAAUAAACAUUUGCAUGUAAACCAAUCUUUUAAUAAUUUAGAAAAUAUAGAGUUUUCUAAUGAAUCGUCUUUUUCUACAUCUUCAAUUGAUUCAGAUUUUCAUAAAAUUGCAUAUCAGAAACAGUCAAUUGGUUCUAUAGAAUCAAAAUGUCAAGCAACUUUAACUCUUUCUUCGGUUCAGUCGUUUAAAGAAAAUAAAGAAGAAAUGUGUUCCUCUCAAGAAUUUAAUGAUUCUGGUUAUUGUGAAGAUUCAUAUAUAUCUUUACGUGUUCCGCCAUUUUUUAGAUUAACUAGUUUUCAGAAAGAAAAUGAAGUUAAAAGGCUUUUAGUUUAUAAAAAUCCUAGCAAAAUUGUAAAAUUAAAGGUUGCACCAAGGUCUUUUUUGCAAAAAUCAUCUCAUUCUUUUUUCGUUAAAAAUCCGAGGAAUUUUAUUAAAGAUAUAAAAUUGUUUGGUCAAGAUUCUGUUUCUGCAAAAAAGACUUCAGUAAAUUAUGAUAAUUUAAAAUCUAUUCACCCUUUUUUUCUAUCAAAAACAUUAAAUAGCUAUGUUCCUAUUUCUUUAAUUAAUACAAAAGUACCUCAUAGAUUUAAUUCGAAAUUAUUUAUUAUUGAAGCAGCACCGUGGCCUACUGCUAAAAAUACACAUGUUAAGGAUUAUUAUAAUGAAAUAGUUCUUAAAGAUACGUCUUUAUUCAAAGGGAAAAAAGGUAUUAGAAAAAAAGAAAGUUUUUUUGAGGAUUAUUAUUUAGAAAGAUAUGCCUUAUUAUUUGGUCGUGAAAAACCUAUUUUAAAGAAGAGUUUUUUUUAUUUUAGCAAGUUGUUUUAUACUUUAGAUGAUCUUAAAUCUCUGGUUGCUUCUAUUAUUCCUUAUGAUGAUUUGAAACGUCCAUGUUUCGAUAAGAUAUAUAAAAGCUUAGAUAACAAGUUUCUUUCUUCUAAUUUUUAUGAUGUGAGGCUUUGGAUUUCUAAAUACUCUCCAACUAGGGCUUGUGAGGUUCUUUUUUCCGAAUAUGAGGUUAUGAAACUUCGAGAUUGGUUGACAGCUUGCAAACUUGGAUCAAAUACUAUUAAGAUAUCAUGUGUUAUUGCAUCUCCGAAAAAACAUAUGUUAGAAAAAAAUCAGCAGAUAUGUUUAGAUCAAUUUAUAAAUUAUGGGACUGGUAGUAGAAAUCCUAAGUCAUUUUUAGAUGGUAUUAAUGAAUUUAGAACAUUAAUGAACCGUCAAAAAAAGUUAUAUACUAAAUCUCAAGUUUCUUUUGCACGUUAUAUAUUGUUAACGGGCCCACAUGGUAGUUACAAAAGUGCUAGUGUAUAUGCUAUAGCAAAAGAAUUAGGUUUUGAGAUAUUUGAAAUUAAUUCUGGCUCAAGAAGGAGUGGCAAGGAUAUUCUUGAUUUAGUUGGUGAAAUGAGUCAGAGUCAUUUAGUUGAUGGAGAAAAAGUUAGUAAUUUUAAUAAAUCAUGUUUUAAAACUAAAUUGGAUAUGUCGUUUCGAAAACAAAGCUUAAUAUUGAUUGAAGAAGUUGAUAUUCUUUAUGAAGAAGAUAGAAAUUUUUGGGAUACUGUUAUGAAUCUUGUUUAUAAGUCAAAACGUCCUAUUAUAAUGACUUGUACAGAUAUUAAUACAAUACCUGGGUUUUUUCUUGAAUUUCAAUCAAUAAUUUAUUUUAGUACUGCUCCAGCAGAUCUCGCUGCUAAUUAUUUAUAUUUACUUUCUCUUUCUGAAGGAUAUAUUUUCAGCAAAGAAGAUCUAAUGCUCCUUUAUAUAAGUAAAGGAUGUGAUUUAAGAGCAUCAAUUCUUCAGUUGCAAUUUUUUACUCAGAUAGGCAGGUAUAGAUCAUCUGAGUUGAUACAGGAUAUAGACAUGCCUAUCUCAAAUACUUCUUUCAAAAAAAUUGUUUUUGAAAAUAUGUUUCUGUCUUCUACAGAAUGGUCAAAUGAUUUUUGUGAAUUAUUAGAGACAGAAACUUUUGUAGGGAAUAGAAAGCAUUUAGAUUUGAUUGAUGAUAUAUUUAAAAAUAGUCUGGAAAAUAUUAAAUUAAAGGAUUCCUCUCAAAUUCAUGGAGAAAUCGAGAAAGAAAAAUUAUUUUUAGACGUUCAUUCCGAUUUUUUAGAUACAAUGUCAUUUUGUGAUUAUUUAUCUAAUAAAACUUCUUUUCGAUGCUCAGUUAAAGAAGUAGAUUUGUUUAAUUCUGAUAGUUUGUCUUCUGAUACUCGUCAAUACCAUCUUGAUAAUCUUCUUGGGUAUGACUUUUUACCUUCAUAUAGAGCUCAUUAUACUGUUUAUCAACCAGGUUAUAUUCAUAUAUCUUUAGCCAUUUUUACUAUGUCAUGUUUUAUUUUCUCCAAUAAACUUAAUGACACUGAUUUAGAUACAUUAAACAUUUGCCAAUAUGUUUCUAAUGCUGAGUCUUUACGUAUCGUAUUAAAGAAGCGUUAUGGGGUUAAUGUGAAAGAGCUAAAUAUUGAUAGUUUAAAAGUUGUUUUUUCUCCUUUGUUAUUCUCAAAUAUAUGGAAUUAUAAUACUAUUCCCAAUUCGAUUAAUGCAUUAAGUGGAUUUUCUCUCUCAGUUGAUAUCGGUCCAUAUAUCAGAGAUAUUAUAAGAUUUUAUAAAUUAUAUAAAAGAAAAAAAGAUACUGAUGAUAGUGACAAGAGAACUACUAGAAGCUCGCGUAUUCUAAAUUGCAAUUUGAGGAAAUUAAAUAAAUAUAAUAUAAAAGAUGAAAAGGCUAUCCUUGAUACAUGGAUAGAAUAA